AUGGAUGUCUCAGCUGCAACAACAGAACCUGCAACACCUUUCUGGAGUUCCACGGAUACGGCAACGGCGUCAGAGAAUACGGAUUCCUCCCCAAGUUCACUCAUCGUUAUUGAUCCAUCAAAGGGCUCAAAAUAUAUCACGAUCGAGAAUGGCGAUUUUAACUAUGGAUGGAAUGUUCCCGAAUCUCAUUAUGGCUACUUGUCACGUUCAAAAGAACAAUUUCUGGCAACAAUAAGCGCUGGUGACGAGGAAGAAACGUCAUUGUUGUCAAAUGUCGAGUUGGCUUCCAGAUUCCUGCUCCAUCUGAUAGAGCAAGAUGAGCUUGACGGGGGUAAAACGUCCUUGAAAGCUCGAGAGGAAUGUAUCGAAACUCUCUUGUGGAGACUGGAAACAGAUUUUCUCCGAGGUGCAGAUAUUCACACGUUUGCAUGUCAGCUGCCAGGGAAUGCAAAGCAGCGACAAGUUGUCAUUCAAGCAUACACGGCCGCAAUGGUUUGCACAAAGCGCCAGUAUAAUCGAGCAGAGCUGGAAACUGCCCUGUUCCCCUCCUCCGCGGGGCAAACCACAAAUACAUAUGCCAUUUUCGGCGGUCAAGGCAACACCCUGGAUUAUUUCGGGGAGCUGCGGACUGUGUUCAAGACAUACAGGCCUCUUGUUGAGGGUCUUCUAAUUGUGGCUGAGCAGACCUUCCAGGACCUGCUAGCAAACGCUUCCACCGCGCGAGCGGGACAAUACUAUCGAGGCAUGGCAAUCACGCAAUGGCUUCGUGAGCCAAUAUCGACGCCGGAUCAAGACUAUCUCCUCUCGGCUCCUGUCAGCUGCCCAUUGAUUGGCCUGCUCCAGCUCGUGAACUUUGCCGUCAUCUGUCGCUGUCUCGGCAAAUUGCCUGGAGAUAUUCUACAUCAUCUGUCUGGUAUGACUGGUCAUAGCCAAGGCGUCGCAGUGGCCGCAGUUCUCGCAACAGUGACGGCUUGGGACGGCUUCGAUGCCGCUCUUGUCAAAGCUUUGACCAUACUGUUUCACGUUGGAUCUGCUGCCCAAGAGGCAACUUGCCAACCCACAAUACCUUCAAGUAUCUCGGCAGAAUCUGUAAAGAAUGGCAUGGGAUUUCCCUCCCCUAUGCUGAAUGUCGUUGGAUGUCGCCUUGAGCAGCUAGAAACCUACAUCACAGACCUGAACAGUCGCCUAGAGCCCAAUCAACGCGUUUUCAUAGGCCUCAAAAAUGGUCUAUUAAAUUUUGUCAUCUCGGGGCCCGUGUUGUCUCUGUACAGCCUAUGUUCGACGCUGCGCAAGGUCAAGGCUGCCCCUGGCACAGAUCAAUCCAAGAUUAGGUUCUCCGCCCGAAAACCUGACUUUUCGUAUCGAUUCUUGCCUGUCUCUGCGCCAUUUCACACAUCACAUCUCCAUAGGGCACAAGAAGCGGCUCUCCAAGAACUCGACACACUACAGCUCGCCGCGUCUGAGCUGAAACUGCCGGUCUAUCACAGCAGCAGUGGAAUAGACAUUAGGACUCUCAAGACGCAAAACAUUGUUCCUGAUUUAGUUCGAAUGAUUCUUUGCGAGCUGAACGACUGGCCGUUGUCGACGGCCUUCACCAAUGCCACACACGUUCUCGAUUUCGGCCCAGGUGGCCUCUCGGGCGUUGGAAUGAUCUUGCACCGCAACCAAGAAGGGAAAGGCGUCAGGGUAAUCAUGGCAGGCCUAGCGGAGGGUAAGUCCACCGAAUGCGGUUAUCGAUCAGAGAUAUUUGCCAAAAAGGCCACUUUCAGUGAGGAUUGGAGCCAAGUCUACUCGCCAAGCCUCAUCCAACCAACAACGGCCAAGAUGCAAAUUGAGAACCGAAUGACUCGACUUUUGGGACUCCCGCCUGUAAUGGUAGCCGGAAUGACACCGACUACCUCAUCUUGGGAGUUUGUUAGUGCGGUCAUGAACUCGGGAUACCACGUCGAACUGGCUGCGGGCGGCUUCCACAACGCUGAGCAAUUGACAACCGCAAUUGACAGUCUAAUCCAUUCUAUUCCAGCUGGUAGAGGAAUAUGCGUCAACAUUAUUUACGCCAGUCCGAAGCAGGUUCGAUGGCAGAUUCCAUUGCUGCAGAGACUAUGUUCCGAAGGCUUCCCUAUUGACGGACUCACUUUCGGUGCCGGAGUUCCGUCUGUUGAAGUUGCAAGGGAAUACAUGGCGAUGGGAUUUCAGUAUUUGUCUUUCAAACCGGGCUCCGCAUUUGAUAUUGAUCAAGUCAUUGCCAUUGCCCGGCUAGACGAGAGCUACCCCAUACUGAUGCAAUGGACAGGUGGUCGAGGAGGGGGCCACCAUUCCUUCGAAGAUUUCCAUGAUCCCAUACUGAAGCUAUACGCGCGGGUGAGGCGAUGCCCUAAUAUCAUCUUACUAGCUGGGAGCGGGUUUGGCGGAGCUGGAGAUACCUAUCCAUAUCUCUCAGGCACUUGGUCCAUGUCGUUUGGACGCCCUGCGAUGCCAUUUGAUGGCAUACUUCUUGGAAGCCGCAUGAUGGUUGCUAAGGAGGCCAAGACCAGUCGAGGCUGCAAAGAGGCCAUUGUCGCGGCUCCUGGAGUGAAGGAUGAAUCGUCCUGGGAACAGAGCUACAAACAGCCAACAGGAGGCAUAGUCACCGUGAAGAGCGAGAUGGGCCAACCAAUUCACAAAAUAGCAACCAGAGGUGUCCUUUUCUGGAAAGAAAUGGACGACAAAAUCUUCAGCAUUUCUGACAGGCCCAAGAGACGCGAAAAACUCCGAGAGAUGAGGCCAUACAUCAUUCAGAAGCUUAAUAGUGACUUUCAAAAAGUUUGGUUCGGGCGUGACGACAAGGGAAAUUCUAUAGACCUGGAGGACAUGACGUAUGCCCAAGUACUUCGACGGCUCGUGCAGCUGCUCUACGUGGCCAAAGAGUCGCGAUGGAUUGAUGUGAGCUACAUGAAGUUGGCAGCAGACUUUUCAAGGCGCAUGUACAGCCGGCUACUGCGAUCUAGUCCUAGUAUCGAAACAGAUUUCGGUCUUAGAGACCCGCAAAAGGCAGUGCCAAAUAUCAUCUCCCAAUGCCCAAAGGCGGAAACACAGGUCAUCAGUUACAGCGAUGCGCGGUAUCUCGUGCUACUGUGUAAACUCCCGGGUCAGAAACCUCCGCCUUUUCUGCUCGACAUGGAUGACGACUUUGAAGUGUGGUUCAAGAAAGACUCACUGUGGCAGUCGGAGGACUUGGCUGCCGUUGUGGGCGAGGAUGCUGGCCGAACUUGCAUCUUGCAAGGACCAGUGGCAGCAAGGUACUCAACCCGUAUCGAUGAACCUGUCAGUGAGAUAUUGGACUCAAUCAACCGCGGCCUGAUUUCGAAUAUCAUCAAAGACCGCUACGGCGAUGACAUGGCUUGCAUUCCUCAGUCUCGGGCGAGUUCGACCGUGCCUUGGACUGCUCCAUUCACACCUCGUCAUUGCUUCAUUCAAUAUGAUGGCAAGAAGACUCGCUAUCAUCUUGCGAAGUCAAUCGGAAACGAGCAGUUGCCUGAUACUGAAAAAUGGCUGCAAAUGAUUGCCGGAUGUUCCGGAACUUGGCUACACACACUCCUCACUUCCAGUAUCGUCUCGCAAGGCUCUAAGAUUGUUGCCAAUCCAAUCCGCAGGGCACUUUCACCAACUAAGGGUAUGCUUGUUGAAGUCACAGAAACCGGUAACCCUGAGGAAGCGGCCAUAACUGUUUUUAACGUGAAGGCGGAAAGUGCAUUGUCAUCCUUUUCGAGGCCUUCUUUAAAAAUUCGGAAAGAGAAGGAUAUCCUUGUGACAUUUUAUACGCACGAGACCGUCGACCGGGCUAUCGUCUCAGUGACAUUCAAAUUCACAUAUCAUCCGGAAAUGCCACUGCACCCAAUACAUGAGAUUAUGGAAGGGCGAAACGAUAGACUUCGCACUCUCUACUACCAACUGUGGUUCGGCGCAGAUGAGGCUGAUCGGUGUCUAUCAACGCAUGGCAAGCGGCGGCCUUCAAUUUCAUGUCUUCAACCAUGUGCCUCCAGUCUAAGGAAUACCGAGCCCGAAACUCCGAUAUCUUUGCAAGCUGGCUUUCCAUCCCAGCUUCAUUGCAUAGAAAGGAACACAUUUUUGGAGCUGAGUGAUGCGUCGUUCGGUGAGGCCUACUUGGCAAACUUUAUUUUCAACAAUUGCAGCUCGACUAUUUCUUCUUCUGCGAUACAAGCCUUCCUAAACAGUAUUGGACAUGAAAGGCACAUGGCUUCACCAUGUGGAUUGAGUGAGGACACAGCACCUUUCGAUUUUGCCAUAGUGAUAGCUUGGAAGUGUAUGAUAAAAGCCAUCUUUCCUACCGCCAUUCAUGGAGAUUUUAUGAAGUUGGUUCAUCUAUCAAACGAGUUCAAGAUUCUCGUUGACAGCGCACCGUUGAGAAGCCUUGAUCGUGUCAACACCAAGGCCGAGAUUCUGGCGAUCCGCAAUGAACCAGCCGGUCGUGUGGUCGAGGUUGGCGCAAUCAUCGAAAGGGACUCCAUGCCAGUAUUGGAGGUGAUAUCCCAAUUUCUUUUCCGAGGCAGCUACACUGAUCAUGGUGUCUGCUUCGAGAAGAAGGUCGAAUUUAAGAUGUACAUCAUUCUAGACACCCCAGCCAAGAUUACCGUGUUGAAGAAUAAGCAGUGGUUCCAAUUAGUCGACUCGGGGACGGAUUUGUUAGGCAACACCAUCAUCUUCGAGCUGAAAAGCCUUACCCGCCCCGGCCAAGACUCCAAUUGCCGCAGCGUCCUAACAGUCGGGCAGGUCUACCGUGAGCAUGCAGUUACCAAAGCGCGCCAAAUUAUUGCCAAUGUACACUAUCAAUGCGGUAAGACAAUCGGCAACCAAGUCAUCGACUAUCUUGAGGGCCAUGGGUCUUUUGUUGAUGUGAUAAAACGGAAGGAGAACCCUCAGCCGCUCGGAGAUCAGGGCUCACUCCGCUUCACCUCCCCAGCAACUAAUCACGAUUAUGCUUGUGCGUCUGGAGACUUUAACCCUAUCCAUGUCUCGGAGCCGUUUUCCAAGUAUGCGAAACUGCCUGGCACAAUCACACACGGCAUGUAUACCAGCGCUGCGGUGCGACGACUAGUCGAGAAGGCGGCUGGUGCCAAUAAGAAUGUUCGCAUGCGGUCGUACAAGUGCACUUUUGUUGAUAUGGUUCUUCCAAGUACUCAACUAGAAGUGAGAGUCAGCCAUGUGGCCACUAAGAACGGUCUGCGAGUACUCUCGUUCCACGCGAUUAGUAUGAUAACGGGGCACAAGGUCCUCGUAGGUGAAGCUGAGGUUGAUCAGCAGCCUUCAGCAUAUAUAUUCACUGGACAAGGCAGCCAGACCCCAGGAAUGGGCAUGGAUCUAUACACCACAUCUGAGAUCGCCAGAGGAGUCUGGGACUCCGCGGACAAGUUCUUCUUCGAAACCUAUGGUUUUAUGAUUAGCGAUAUCGUGAAACGUAACCCAAAGCAGCUAACCAUCCACUUUGGCGGCCAGCGCGGCCGGAAGAUUCGACAGAACUACAUGGACAUGACAACCGAUUGCAACGGCCAGUCGCGGCCAAUAUUCAAAUCGAUAACAGCAACUACGGCAAAGUACACUUUUCAACACAGCGCUGGGCUGCUUUACAGCACUGAAUUCGCUCAGCCAGCUCUCACCAUCUUGGGAAAUGCUCAGUAUCUCCACCUCAAAUCCAAUGGUUUUGUCGACCCCAACGCCGUUUUUGCCGGCCAUUCGCUUGGAGAGUACACAGCGCUUAGUGCCAUUGGUGCCAUUAUGCCAUUCGAGCAGAUUCUUUCCGUCGUCUUCUAUCGCGGCCUGGUGAUGCAGUCCAGCGUCAUCCGCGACGCCAACGGAUGCUCACACUUCUCGUUAAUGGCUAUUAACCCGUCGCGCAUCAGACAAGGUUUGACCACGGAGUCCCUACAGGCCCUGGUUUCUGCCAUCGCUGCUGCUACCGGUGACUUGCUAGAAUUGGUCAACUUUAAUGUAGCAGGGCAGCAGUAUGUCGCUGCCGGGACACUCCCAGCCCUCGAUUGCCUGACAUGUGUGGCGAAUUACAUGGCUACACACCCAACGGAGCUUGAGCCGCCCUCUCACUUGGCCAAGAGCGCCAAGCUCCAAGCCGUUAUAGCCAUGUGGGCGGAAGGGGCUUCCAAGAGGCCAGGGCCUACGCAGCUGAAGCGUGGUCUCGCCACUAUCCCGCUGAAGGGCAUUGACGUGCCUUUCCACAGCUCGUUUCUGAGAUCAGAGAUUGAUGUGUUUCGGAGCGUGCUUCAUAGCUAUAUUAAGCCAGAUGCCAUCGAUGCCCGACGACUUGUGGGCAAGUAUUGCAAUACGAGAGGUAUAUGA